AAUUUAAAAGGUGCACUGGGUGAGUCGGAACAUGUACAAUGCGGAACGGUGUCAUUGUCAGAUAAUGUAAGGAAAGGGCAACGCAUUUUGUACGUGCUUGUACUACAGCGAUGAUGUGUUUAGAUUAACUUGGGUAGGCGACACUGUCCAGAAAGAUGGCCAUUAUGUGGAGCUCGUUAAGGAGGAAUAAGACCGUCAUGUAUGGUGUCCCCAUGUUGAUACUUGUUAUCGGGGGUUCUUUUGGACUCCGUGAGUUCACCAAGAUCCGUUAUGAUGCACAGAAAAUUAAAAAAAAGCUUGAUCCAGCAUUAGAAGCAAGAAUCGAAAACAAGAAAGAAGUAGUAUCCCUAGAAUACCAGUACAAGAAAAUAGAAGAAGUAAACGUUGAUGAUUGGAAAAACAUCAGAGGGCCACGUCCUUGGGAAGACUCUAAGCAGUACCAGCAGCAGCAGAGAGAGAGACUUAACUCAAAACCAGCCUAAAUGUAGCAGCAGAUGACUUCUGCAUGUGCUGAUCUGUGUUGUUUUUAAUCACUUGGGUUCAUUGACAUUCCUCUGCAGUGACCAUCAUGCUGCAAACUGCACCUCAGUACUAAGCAGGCACUCUCCGUAUCCAGUCAGAACCAGUGCAGCCUUGUAUAGAAUUAGAGCUGUGAAGGUGGAACCAGAGACUCUACUGAACUGUUGUCAUAAAAUUGUAAUGCUCUUAAAUAAAUUUUAUAGCACAACAUUUACUUAAGAUA